AUCCGAACAAAAGUUCAAAAACUAAUAAUAAUUCGUGAUGGGAGGAGGGCUUGCGUUGUUUGUAGAUUGCGGUUAGUUAUUUUGAACGCUCCAGUGUUGUUAGGUUAUCUCCCGCGGGUUCAAAGAGAUGCCAGAUAUCGGAUAAGUAGGUACCUAAAACGCGAGAAAGUCAUCAGAGUGCUUAAGAUCGGAAGUGUCAAAAAGCCAGGAAGCUCUACAAUUUUUUUUGAAUAUUUUUAAAGACUGUUUCAAAUAUGGCACGAGGGAAAAAAAUCCAAAUAACUGAUGACAUGUCCACAAUCGACAGACUAACCCUGUGCGCUGGCGAAGUAGUCGGAACAGCAAUUUUAGUAUUUCUAGGAUGUAUGGGGUGCGUCACUGCACUAGGACAAAAACAGUUCAUUCCGCACGAGCAAAUAUCUUGGACUUUUGGUUUAGCUGUUAUGGUAGCUGUCCAAGUAUUUGGACACGUUUCCGGAUCUCACAUCAACCCAAUAGUCACAGUGGCAGCAGCCACAUUAGGAAACAUUCCGCUAAUCCAGGUUCCAAUUUAUUUUUUGGGCCAACUUUUGGGAGCCCUCGUUGGCUAUGGGUUAUUGAAGGUUGUUACUCCUAAUCAAUUUAUGGGCAACGUCUUCGUCCAAGGAGCCAAUGGUACAGUACACAAAACUUUAGGAGUCUGUUCACCAGCUUUGCAUCCAGAGGUUACUGCAUUCCAAGGCUUCCUGGUGGAGUUUUUGGCAACCCUUAUUUUGGCUUUGGUUUGUUGCGGCGUUUGGGACCACAGAAAUGGAAACAAGCACGAUUCUGUACCUAUUCGUUUUGGAUUCACCAUUGCCGUUUUAGCUAUGGCAGCUGGUCCAUAUACUGGAGCGAACAUGAACCCUGUGAGAAGUUUUGCACCAGCUCUCUACAACGGAGACUGGCAAAACCACUGGCUGUACUGGGCUGGACCUCUUCUGGCCGGCUUCGUAGGUGCCAUCAUGUACAGACUGAUUUUUGCCAAAGACCCGCCAAGAAAUGAUCAAAUCCCGGAAGCACUACCUUUAAACGAUCACAACAAAGCUUAAAUAUUUGAGUAGCUGAUAAAUUUUGUUUGCCAUUGUUACUUGCCCAAGGAGACCAAAUUUUAAUUACUUUCAAUUUUCGUAGUUUGGUCAUAGCCAAAGUCUGAUUUUGUAGGUCCUUUAAAAAUAUGUAAUUUUAUGAGAUUAAAUUAAAUGAUUAUGUUUUAAUGGGCGUGCGUAAUUCAAAAUCGUUGAAAAAAAUAAAAUUACGUUAUCAUACCGUUUUUGAUUUUCAUGCAAACUGUAUAUGUUUUCAUAACAGAACAAAAUAAAACUGAGACCUAUGUUCUAAAAAAAUUCAAGUUAUUCAAAUUAUUGCUGAGACUGAGAAAGAAAAUGCAAUUAGUGAAAGCCCUUUAAGAAUAGACGAUGUUGGAAAAACAAUGUAGGUAUACAGCUCUCUUCUAAUAACAAACUCUGACCUUAAAACUACAACUUAACAAAACGUCUAAAAUAAAAUUCAUUUAA